GCGCGCACCUGUUGCAGCCAGUUGCUCCAUCACAAAUUCACAAGGCAGCUGCCGAAUUGCUCCUGCAGAGUGCACACUGCAGAGCAUCGGUCCAUCGCCAUUCGUCGCGGCGGCCAUCCCGUCCGUUCAGCCUUUCCUGCUCAGACGACUUGUCGUCGUUCCCUACAUCUGAUCGUAAUCCUCAGCGGCGGCGCGUAGAUCAGCAGCAGCCGCGAUGAAGCAAAAGAUCGUGAUCAGGCUGAGCGUGGCGAGCGACAAGUGCCGGUCCAAGGCCAUGGUGCUGGCGGCCAAAGCAGACGGGGUGAGCAAGAUGGGGAUCACCGGCGACGGAAAGGACCAGCUGGAGGUGGAGGGCGACGGCAUCGACACCGUCUGCCUCGUCAACUGCCUGCGCAAGAAGAUCGGCCGCGCCGACAUCGUCAAGGUGGAGGUGGUGAAGCCCGAGGAGAAGAAACCGGAGGAGAAGAAGCCCGAGGUCGUGCCGCUGCCGUACGGCUGGUGCUACCCCAAUUACUACCAGUACCACCCGCACUGGUAGUGGUGGUGACUGGUCACCAGCGAAGCUGUUCGUGAUAGCAUACAAGCCGUUUUGACGGAUUGGUAUACAGUUGCCAUUCAGCUCUAUGAUUGUACUUGUACCGGUGUGCGAAUGAAUGAAAUAUAUAUAUGAAAAAGCAACAAAAGGAGGAAAAAAAAAGGAAAUUGGCAAAGCUUACUUGUCUAAGUCUUAAUGUUCGCUUUGCUCCUAGUUCCAACUGCGGAGGAGUGUUGGAUGUAAUUUGGUUAGUGAGCCUACCUAUCUUGGCUCCCCACCUAGCGUAUAUGUAAGCACUGUGCAUCUCUGAGAAAUAUAUUGAGUAUUCCAUUCUUUCAAUU